AUGAGAGCCCUCGUGUUGAAUACAGUCAACAAGUCCACAACCGUUCAAGAUGUACCUAAUCCGGAGCCGGGACCCAAGGAGAUCCUUGUUCGUGUUCGUGCUGUCGCGCUCAACCACGUCGAUUACAUGAAUGCCGUCAAACCCUUGGCGGCCCAAGAGAAGCGUGUGCUGGGAUCCGACUUCGCAGGGGAGGUAGCUCAGGUGGGGGAAGAUCUUGUUGGCUUAGACGACCCGCGAGCCAAAGUUGGAGCGCGCGUAUCAGGGUUUGUGCAGGGUGCCAGCUCUGUUAAUGACCGCCCUGGGGCAUUCGCAGAAUACGUUGCCAUUGACUAUGACCUCACCUGGAACAUCCCUGAUAAGGUAUCUUUUGAAGAAGCCGCCAGCGUUAGCUUGGGGGCCAUGACUGCUGCUCAGGGUGUCUUUGAGCGUUUACAAUUACCGAGUCCAUUCUCAGAGACAGGUGUUUCUGAGCAGCGAAGCAUCCGUGAAGAUGAACCAGUUAGUGUGUUUAUAUACGGUGCAUCAUCAUCCGUAGGCCUCUACGCAGCGCAGCUUGUCAGGCUUUCUGAAAAGACCUCUGACAGAAAGAUUCGACUAAUCGGUGCGGCAAGCCCCUCAAAACAUGCACUUCUCUACGACGCGCCAUACUCAUAUGAUCUCCUGGUUGAUUAUCGGGACCCUCAAUGGCCGGAGGCAGUUCGUAAGGCAGCUGGAGGAGAGGGAGCCCAGUAUGCCAUUGACGCUAUCUCGCAGGGCUCAACGGUAGAGCAAACCGACAGCGUUAUCAAGUCCGGUGGCAAGUUUGCCAUUUUCCGGGCUCCAGCCGCCGGCAACUUUGACAUCGCCAAGCUCAAGACAAAACCUAUCUUUGGCGCAGUAUGGGAAGCUCUCGGCGUAGAAGUCCAAUAUCACGGUGGUGUGACAAUACCUGCUAAUACCAAGGCACGUGCCUUUGGCGCUGCGCUGUACAAAUAUCUAGGUUCGGGAGUCGAGUCGGGACAAAUCAAGCUCUACCCAAACCCUGUCCGUGUUAUGCCUGGGGGGCUUGAGGAAAUCCCCUCUGAUGGGUUUGGGCUGCUCAGUGGGAGUUUCAAGGCAGUGCAACAAGACCAAAAGGGGCAUCUCGGGCCUGUUAGCGGAGAGAAAAUUGUCUAUGUAGUAUCUUAA